UAUCCCAUGUUGCCCCACUUUCUACCGCCAUCUUGUUUAUUUUCAUUCGCAAUAUCGGCAUAUCAUUCAUGAUUUUACUGAAAGAAUAUGCCUGUUGUGAUUCCCCUUCAAUGGGGAUAAUUUUGCAGACAUAGGGCGGGUUAUAAGCAAGCAGAAGGUGACCGUUCCGCCAAAAAGUCCGUCAACUCCAGGGCGAGAUCGCAACAAAACGGUCACUUCAAAUCACACCGCAAUGAACCAUGUGAAAGACGGAAAAACACUUACAAAUGAAAAUGUUGAACAUGAUGUUGAGAUGGAAAACCAUCUUAAAACUGAGGAGGACCAGGAGAGGGGAGAGGAUGCCAACAUGAUCCCAGUAAAUGGAGACACAGACAAUGAAAAGGGAGCUAAUAACCAGGAUGAAGAUAUGGAAGAAGAUGAAAGUAGAGCUGAAACAACAUUUACCUAUACAAUUGAAAAUAUAAGUAAACUGAAAGAUAGCAUUUUGAGUCCAUCGUGUAUGGUUAGAAAUCUUCCUUGGAAAGUUCUUGCAAUGCCUCGCUGGAGCCAAAACCCUGAGAGACACAACCAAAAGACCCUUGGUUUGUUUCUGCAAUGCAAUGGGGAUUCUGAUUCAACGUCAUGGUCAUGUAAUGCAACAGCAGCAAUUAAAAUUAUAACACACAAUGAUGCUGAACCAUUUACUAGGAAAAUCCAGCAUUUAUUCUAUAGUAAAGAGAAUGAUUGGGGUUACAGUCAUUUUGUUUCAUGGAAUGAACUGAUGGACCCAGCUAAAGGUUUUGUGAAGGAUGACAAAAUUACAAUAGAAGUACAUGUGAAAGCUGAUGCACCUCAUGGAGUCAGUUGGGACUCAAAGAAGCAUACUGGUUUUGUUGGAUUGAAGAACCAAGGAGCAACAUGCUAUAUGAAUUCUUUGUUGCAGACCCUUUAUUUUACUAACAAAUUAAGAAAGGCCACCUAUUUGAUGCCUACAGAGAGUGAUGACCCAGAGAAGAGUGUUCCAUUGUCCUUACAGAGAGUAUUCUAUGAGCUGCAGUUUGGUGAUAAACCUGUAGGAACAAAGAAACUCACAAAGUCAUUUGGGUGGGAAACUUUUGACACAUUUAUGCAGCAUGAUGUACAAGAGUUGUGUAGAGUGUUAUUGGAAAAUAUGGAGAGUAAAAUGAAGGAUACAGUAGUGGAUGGAACAAUACCAAGGCUUUUUGAGGGCAAAAUGUUGUCUUACAUCAGAUGUAAGCAUGUUGAAUAUUGUUCUCAGAAGGAAGAGGCAUUUUAUGAUAUUCAGCUAAAUGUCAAAGGAAAAAAGAAUGUUUAUGAAUCAUUUGAUGAUUAUGUGAAACAAGAAUCUCUUGAGGGUGAUAACAAAUAUGAUGCUGGGGAAAAUGGCCUCCAGGAAGCUGAGAAAGGUGUUGUCUUUGUAAGCUUUCCACCUAUUCUUCAUCUUCAUCUCCUCAGAUUUAUGUAUGAUCCAAUGGCUGAUGCUUAUGUCAAAAUCAAUGAAAAAUUUGAAUUUCCAGAGAGACUCUGUUUAGAUAAAUACCAAAAUAAGAAAGAUAAAACACCUGCCAAUUAUGUAUUACAUGCAGUGCUUGUACAUAGUGGGGACAACCAUGGGGGGCAUUAUGUUGUAUAUAUUAACCCUAAAGGAGAUGGAAAGUGGUGCAAGUUUGAUGAUGAUGUAGUUUCACGAUGUACAAAGUCUGAAGGAAUAGAUAACAAUUUUGGUGGUCAGGAUGAAGAGAUGAAUGUAAAACAUUGUACAAAUGCAUAUAUGUUGGUGUAUAUACGAGAAUCUUGUAAGGAGGAUUUACUUGUAAGUGUGAGUGAAAAAGACAUUCCUGACUCAUUGAUUGAAAGAUUGGCUGAAGAAAGGAGACUAGAAGCACAGAAGAGAAAAGAGCGAACAGAAGCACAUUUAUAUAUGAACAUUCAGGUUGUGACUGAUGAUAAUUUUAAUGGACAUCAGGGAAAUGAUCUCUUUGAUGGUGAUAAAAUUAAUUUUAGAAACUUUAAAGUUAAAAAAUCAUCCACAGUUUUAGAAUUUAUGCACAUGUUAGCAGAUAAUAUGAAAUACCCGGUUACACAGAUACGGCCUUGGCCUUUCCAAUUUCGUCAGAAUCAAACCUACCGACCUACGUUACUGGAUUUAGAAGCUAAUCUUAAUAAAACUGUUCUUGAUGUUGCUGAUAAUGAAAAUCCAUGGACAGUAUUUGUAGAAACAUUAAACCCUGAGAGUGGUUUGAAAGAACUUCCACAGUUUGAUAAAGAUAGUGAUGUUCUGAUAUUUCUUAAACUUUAUGAUCCAAAGAGGAAAACAAUAUCCUUUUGUGGACAUACGUAUGUUCCAAUAACAGCUAAAACAGCGGAGUUGUUACCAGAUUUAUGUAGGAGAGCAGGCUUUCCCGUUGGUACACCACUGUUGCUGUUUGAGGAAGUAAAACCAAAUAUGGUAGAGAGGAUAGAAAGUCAUGAUUUACCAAUAGAAAAAUCUUUAGAAGAGCUUAUGGAUGGUGAUAUAAUUGUCUUUCAAAAAGAUGGGAUGGACAUCCAUCAGUAUGACCUUCCUACUGCUAGGGAUUAUUUCAAAGACUUGUACUAUAGAGUAGAAGUGAUAUUCUGUGAUAAAGCAAUCCCAAAUGAUCCAGGAUUCUCAUUAGAUCUGUCUCUUAGAAUGAACUAUGAACAGAUGGCAAAUGCUGUAGCAACUUAUUUACAAACGGAUCCUUAUUUACUACAGUUUUUCAAACCUCAGAGUUAUCGGGAAGGACCUGGUAAUCCUAUUAGAUGUACAUAUGAAGGAAACCUUAAAGAUCUGUUAUUAUAUGCUAAACCACGGCAACCUAGAAAAUUAUAUUAUCAGCAAUUAAAUAUAAAAAUAAAUGAAUUAGAGAACAAGAAACAGUUUAAAUGUACAUGGGUUACCAGCAAGUUAAAAGAAGAGAAAGAAUUAGUUUUAUAUCCUAGUAAGAAUGGUAAAGUAACAGACCUAUUUGAUGAAGCAAAGAAACAAGUAGAAUUAGAACCAGAUGGCUCUGACAAACUGAGGUUGUUAGAAGUUAUCAGUAAUAAAAUUUACUCCAUACAAAAAGAAGAAACAUUAUUAGAUGCCAUAAAUAUGAGUGGCUCUACAAAGACAUAUCGUAUAGAAGAGAUUCCAAAAGAGGAAGUCACUCUGAAAGACAAUGAAACUCUCAUUCCAGUUGCACAUUUUCAUAAGGAAGUUUAUUCUACAUUUGGUGUACCAUUUCUGUUAAAAAUUAAACAGGGUGAAAAGUUUUCAACAGUUAAAGAAAGAAUUCAAAAGAAAUUAGAAAUAACAGAAAAAGAUUUUGAAAAGUACAAGUUUGCCAUUGUUGUAAUGGGAAAGGUAGAAUAUAUUUCUGAUGAAGAAAAUGAUGUCCAAGUAGAUCUCUCACUAUUUAAACCUCAUCCAAUGCAAGGAGCAAGUAUGCAAGCUAGGCCAUGGUUAGGUCUAGAUCAUGUGAACAAAACACCUAAACGUUCUAAGGUUCCUUAUUCAGAGAAAGCCAUCAAGAUACACAACUGACCCACACAGAACAUUAGUCCAUUAUUUUAAUUCUCAUGUGUUCAUUGAACUUUUAUACGCUGUUAUGCCUGUGCUUAACCACACUAAGUGACAUUCUUCUGGAGUCGCAGCACUGUUCCUAUAUGUACUGGGAGGAUACUUAACAUUGUGUAUAAUGUUAAUGAUGGACAACUUUAUUAUAAUUCUCAAAUUAUAACGAUAGAACAUACUGAAAUAAGAAAACAAAUACUACUCAUUUUAAUAUAAAAAUUGAAAGUAGAAAACUUAAUUACGGAUGUAGUAGGCUAUGUGAAAUGAAAUUAAAUUCUUUUAUUCUGAAUUUUAAUGUUCUUCUUAUUUCCUUCAAUGGAAUAAUCAUUCAACUGUUAAAGGGGAAACGAUAAUAAAACUGAUUGAAAUAUAUGGAACUUGUAAAUACAUAUCUUUUUGUGAUUAUUGACGGUUAAUAUUGUUUUAUGAUAACUGGUAAAAAGACAAGUAAUCUAGUAGAUAUUGUAUUUCAAAUUCAUUUUCAAUGCCUGUUACGUCAUUUUACUUAAGGAUGUGACUGUCGGCUAAUAAAUUAUAUAACCAGUCUACCAUCUUGUCCAUCUUAAGUAAAGAAUUGAAUGCUGUAAGACAACAUGGUGAUAAUGAUUAUUUCAUACAUUUAUUUGAAAUAAUAUUGAUUACUAUUUUCUGUAGAAUUUUGUUCCAGAAAUAAAACAAUAGGCACUUAUCACUAUUAAAGCCUGUUCAAACUUAAGUCUGAUAUCAUUUAGGAGUGAUUAUAAUUUAGAAUAAGAAGUCAAUAACUUAUGCUUUUAAUGAUUCAUAAAAUGACUUAUAAAAUGAUAUACUCUUUAUAGGAAAUUAUAUAUUAGAACAUAUUGGCAGCAGUUGUUCACAAGUUCUUUAUUUUAAAGAUGAAUGUUGUAUUUGAAGUUAAGUCUAUAGUUUUCGUACAAGUCAACUUUAAAGAGGUUUUAAAGUAUCUGACAAGUGUCCAGAAAGAAAUGUGAAGCACAGUGUGAAAUAGGUUAAUCAGUACAUCUAAGGAUGCAUGUUAAUUUAUUUGUUACUGACUCAUUAGUGCUGGUGUAAACAAUGCAUAUGUUAGUAUGUGGCUUUGUGAUUGAGAAUGUGUGAGAAUCUUGUAUGUAUGAUGCUGUUUUAUAAUUCUGAUGAAGUUAUUGUGAAUGUAUUUAUGAUGAUGUUUGACCAUGCCUGUCAUUCCCCUCUAUUUUAUCUGUAAAUUAAGUAUUGUAAAUAUACAAAUACUUUUAUGAUAAGCUAUUAUAACAUAAACAGAAUAAGUGCUAUUUUAGGGGGUUGUUUAAAUGCAGGUAUUUCACAAGAGAUUUUUGUUAUAAAAAAGUAACAGUACCAAAGUUAU